ACAAAGCUUGGAAGUAACAAUUAUAUCAGUUAUAAGAAAAAAAUGAAACUCAUUCCAAUAAUCUUAGCAGCUCUUCUAGCCACUCUUGUUCUUCCCUCGAAGGCUCAAGACAGCCCACAAGACUAUCUAACAGCUCACAACCAGGCACGAACAGCUGUCGGAGUAGCCCCCAUUCAGUGGGACGAGAGGGUUGCAGCCUAUGCUCGUAGCUACGCAGACCAACGAAGAGGCGACUGCAGGCUCAUACACUCUGGUGGUCCUUACGGCGAGAACUUGGCCUGGGGUAGCAGCGACUUAUCUGGCGUCAGAGCCGUGAACUUGUGGGUUAACGAGAAGGCUAACUACAACUACCCUUCGAACACGUGCAACGGAGUUUGCGGUCACUACACUCAGGUCGUUUGGAGAAACUCGGCCAGACUCGGAUGUGCUAAAGUGAGGUGUAACAAUGGUGGAACCAUCAUCGUUUGCAGCUAUGAUCCUGGCAAUUGGGCGAACCAGAAGCCUUACUAAUGAGUGAUUUAUGUGUAUAACACAUAAAAAAUACGUGCAUACAAAACAUACGUUUUUAUAUGUUUCAAUAAAGACCAUCAUAUGCAGGCUGUGUGUAUCAAUAUGUAUUAAAAAAUACGAAUAAGAGCUGAUCUACUAGUAAGCCACUUACCUAAGAA